ACACCUGGAGAUGCUGAAGGCGUGCAAAUAAUCUUCAAAGAAAGCCUUGAGGAACAGAUUGCAUGGUUGCAAAGAAAAGGAGAUUUAGAGGAGGAUGUCAUCCGGGUCAAGAUAAGUGGAGAUGGGACUUGCAUUGGGAAGAGACUAAAAUUAGUUAACAUUACUUUUACCAUUUUGAACGAGAAAGACGCUGCAAUGAGUGAAAAGGACAAUUAUGUCCUUGCUAUACUUAAGACCACUGAGAGCUACGACAACCUUAAAGAAAGCCUCUCUGAUUUAACAGCAGAAAUGACUAAAUUAAGUAAGGUUAAGGUGGGAGGGAAACACUAUAAUAUUGAAAACUUCUUGGGUGGGAAUUGGAAGUUUUUAGCAUGUGUAUGUGGGUUAGGGGCAGCUAACAAGGAUCAUGCAUGUAUUUGGUGCAAAUGCCCUCGCAAUCAGAGGCAUGACAUCCACAGAGUAUGGUCCCUUAGCAAUAGUGCCCAGGGUGCUAGAUCACUGGAGAAAAUUGCCAACUUUGCUAAAUCAAAAAAGCUCAACUGCAAAGCAACUCCUUAAUUUAGCUUCAGACCACUUGAUCAUGUAAUUAUUGAUACUUCACACUAUGUCUUUGCAUAUCUGAUAACUUGACUGAACUUUUAAUCAGAGAAUUGAGGAGAAAGGAUGCAAGUGACAAGGCAACAUUUCCAAAUGGGUUUUCCCAAGAGAAGUUUAAGCAUAUGGCCGGGUAUGAAGCAUUCCUGAAGAACCUUAGCAUUUCUUUUGAGUGGAGGAUCAACAAAGAUACAAAAAAGCUGGACUACAGAGAUUUAACUGGUCCAGUAAAAACUCAGUGUAAUGCAAAACAUUGACUUCCCUUCGCUUCUGCCAGGUGACCAAAAUAUAGAAAAACUGCAGCAGCUAUGGAGUGAGUUUAUGGAAAUCAUUGGUGAUUUAAAACUGGAUUAUAAAACAGAUGAGUCAAUUGUACAACUUGAAGUAAAAAUUAAGGGCUGGUUUAAAAUAUUCUUGUCCCUAUGCCAAGCCAAGGAUGUCACCCCUUAUAUGCAUGCCCUCUAUUCCAAUGUUCCAGAGUGUUUGAAGUUGUACAAAAAUGUUGCAUUUUUCAGUCAGCAGGGUAAGGAACAAUAUAAUGAUUUAGCUUCAAAAAAUUAA